UAUCUUUUUAUACUAUAUAGUCUAUUGAACAUUUAUUCUUUUUAAAAAAACGUCUUAUGGCACAUUUUAUCGCAUCUCCUCUGGAACAAUUUGAAGUUGUUCCUUUCUUUAGUGUUUCAGCACCUAUCAUCGGUGACUUUAACCUAUCUCUGACUAACCUUGGUCUAUAUGCCUUUAUUACAGUAUUCCUUGUUCUAGGUCUACACAUUAUUGGUAACAACUCUUACUCGCUUGUACCUAGCGCCUGGAGCAUCUCUCUAGAAAGUGCUUAUGCAAGUAUUUCAUCAAUGGUACGUGACCAAAUUGGUUCUGCUAAUGAAAUCUAUCUUCCUUUCAUCUAUAGCCUAUUCUUCUUCAUUCUUAUCGCUAACCUGAACGGAAAUAUUCCUUAUGCAUUUACAAUUACUACUUCAAUUAUGGUAGCUAUUGGUCUUUCAGUAUUCAUCUUUAUUGGGGUAACAAUUCUUGGACUUUACACACACGGAGUUCACUUCUUCGCUUUCUUUAUUCCAUCAGGUACACCUCUAGGUCUAGUUCCUCUACUAGUACUAAUUGAACUAAUUUCAUACUUUGCACGAUCAGUAUCACUUGGAAUCCGGCUGUUUGCUAACAUGACUGCAGGACACACUCUUCUAAAGAUCCUUUCAACUUUCCUAUCACAACUAUUUACUUCAAGUAUUCUAGUUGCUGUAGCUACUCUGAUUCCAUUUGCUAUCUUCGUCGCUCUAAUUGGUCUUGAAAUCGCAGUGUCUCUUAUCCAAGCAUUCGUAUUCAGUAUCCUAGUGUGUUCAUACAUUAAGGACGCUCUAGAACUACACUAACCCG